GCGAUACUGCCUCGUGAACCUGUUUCGAUCGUGCCGGAUACAGGAGAAGGUCUACCAAAGGAUACAACAUCGUGAUUACUUCUUUAUGAUAACCGGAAGAAUAUGCGAGUCUUCUCUUUGUUCUUUUGAAGCCGCCUCAUAAUAACCCGUUUGUUGGUCGGUUGGAAUACACAAGUAGGGUAUUAAAGAACACAGCAAGACGAAUUGCACGUCCAUCAUGUUGCUCAUCUUGGCUUGUCGACAUCCACACCCACGCCCACUCGGAAAACUCGGAGUUAGAUAAAUCCAAAGCAUGUAUCUACGCACAUCGUUCUUCUUCGCCACCUUCGCACCAACAGUCACGUCGGCACCAUAUAACCUCUCAUCCCCAACAGACAACAUUCCCCACUCCAACACAACCACCCUCGUCCGCCGCGCCGACCAAUGCGCCUCAGACAAACACCACUACCCCGACAUCCCCAACUGGAAAACCGCCCUGUCUCAAUUCUGCGCCAACCACGGCUCUGGCCCGAUCUUCUCCGACUCCGCCAUCGUCUUCACCUACAAUAUCAAAGGCCACGACGGCAAGCCCAUAGACUGGAUCUUCAAAGUAUACCUCGACAACGAAGACAAAAAUUACUUAUGGAGCUGGAUACCACUAGAGCAAGAGUGUAUAGACGGGUUUACGGAACUGACGAAGGAGAAGGGAGGCGGUUUGGGGAAGAGUUGGUGUUAUUGGAGGCCGAGGACGAGUCCGGAUGAUAGUGUAGGGUUUCUUGGGGGAAAAUGGACGCAGGAUUUGCCGAGUAAGGAUGUUAAUGGGGUUAUUACUUGGGAGAGUCGGGCGAAGAAGGGACAGAAGGGGCUUUGAGAUGGGAUAAGAGGGUGAGAAUGGGAGGGUAGGGGAGGUGUUUGGGAACGAUGUUUUUGUUACUACUUUGCCAUUUGUGGUCAUAUGGGCGGUGGUAUGCGAAGUUCUCUCCUUGAUUAUGCUCUUCUUCUAUGCUCUCACUCGAGCUUGCCAAUAUCACCGGUACUUUGCGGUGUCAAUCGUCCAUCGGCCAUUCGUUUCUAUCUUUUUUGGUAAUCCCCGAGUAAACUCACAGAAACAUCGACAUAUGCUCUGAGGUCAAUCUUUCGUUCAUGCGUGGUGGAGAUGAAGAUAUUCGCGACCAUUAUGAAUUUGUUUUUCCCUGAUAGCGCCUAGUGUGCGCUGGCAUGUCCGUUCCGUUAAAAAAAAAACAUCGCAGACGAAUGAUAUCUAGUCAUUUGCAAUGCAGAUGAACGAAUGCGAGUAGCGGGUAAUGAUUCUUUGCCUGAUUAAAAACGUCGAGGCG